ACUCCUCCAAUUGAAAUUUAGUAUUACUAAACAUACAUGCCGCAAUACUUUGUGUAAGAUUAAUCCUAUCUGCCCCCCAAGCAACUACGGGAGCCAGAGUUUGCAUCACGAACCGGGACCCGUUUUUAAAUGCUUGCUAUUGAAAUUUAAAGAUAAUUUGAAUAUAAUUUGUUAAUUUUAAUUAUCUAACUUCUUUUUGAUUCAAUUGACCCAUUAACAAGUAUCAAUUAUGCUUUCAUCUACUUUAAGAUCAACUGCUAGAAGUUCAGUUCCUCGUGCUUUAGCUUCAAGAUCAGGAGCUAUUCGUACCAAAGUUUCAUUACCUGAUUUAGAUUGGGAUUAUGGUGCAUUAGAACCUCAUAUUUCCGGUAAAAUUAAUGAACUUCAUUAUACUAAACAUCAUGCAACUUAUGUUGCUGGUUAUAAUACUGCCAUUGAACAACAUGCUGAAGCUAAAGCUAAAGGUGAAGUUAAAAAGACAAUUGAAUUACAAAAGGCAAUUAAUUUCCAUGGUGGUGGUUAUACUAAUCAUUGUUUAUUCUGGAAGAAUUUACUUCCUGAAAAGCAAGGUGGUGGUGAACCUCCAAGUUCAGAUAGUGAAUUUGCUAAACGUAUUAUUGAACAAUAUGGUUCUUUAGAUAAUUUAAAGUCCAUCACUAAUACUAAAUUAGCUGGAAUUCAAGGUUCUGGUUGGGCUUUUAUUGUUAAAAAUAAAGAAAAUGGUGGAGCUCUUGAUGUUGUAACUACUUUUAAUCAAGAUACUAUCACUGGUCCUUUAGUUCCAUUAGUUGCUAUUGAUGCUUGGGAACAUGCUUAUUACUUACAAUAUCAAAAUGUUAAAGCCGAUUAUUUUAAAGCCAUUUGGAAUGUCAUUAACUGGAAGGAGGCUGAAAAGAGAUAUCAAGUUAAUUAAAUUACUUUAAUUACGUAAUUUCGUUUUUGCUUUUAUAAUAUCUACUUUACUCUAAUUUAUAACUAUUUAACAAUAAAAUUAUCUUUUUCAUAAAUCAUGGUAUUGUAUUAAAUUAUAUAAACAAUAUAAUAUUUACAG